CUUCUUUCCUUGUCUAUCGCUCUCUUUCUCUGUCUUUAGCCAAUUACACACUGUCCUGUUUUGCAUUCCCCCCCCCCUCUUUUUUUAUGCUCACACUCAUUUUCCCUCCUUCUUUCUGAAGGCCUCGGUAAGCCCUGAUAGGCUUGCUGGGGAUAAAACCUGCAAGUUGGGAGAGGAGAGGGACAUUUUGGAGCAGGAUGGCAAGAGGGACGGUGGCCACAUACCUGCAUGGAGUCCUUCUCCUGGCUCUGUGGAAACCCUCGCUGCAAGGAGGGGUAUAUGUACCUGCUGGAGGUGCGACUGGAGGAGUCGGGCCAGGAGCUGGAACCGGAUUUGGACCAGGAGGCAUUGGGACAGGAUUUCAGCCUGGAGGAGGUGGACCAGGAGGCACUGGUACUGCUCUAGGAGGCUUUGGACCAGGAGCUGGUGGAGGGGGCUAUGGGGGUCAAAGGCCAGGUGGUGUAGGCCCAGGAGUCGGACCAGGUGGAGUGGGACCAGGUGGAGUUGGACCGGGUCUGGGACCAGGAGGAGUGGGACCAGGAGGUUUUAGGCCCAGCAGCUUUGGUCCUGGAGGACUGGGACCUGGAGGCGUUGGGACUGGUGUCAAGCCUCCAAAAACAGGAGGCGGCUAUGGUACUGGUGGAACAGGACUAGGACCAGGCGGAGUCGGGACGGGUGGUUUUGGAGCAGGUGGUGUUGGUCCUGGUGGUUACGGAGCUGGGCCUGGAGGAGUUGGUCCAGGAGGUUUUGGAACCGGCACUCAAGGGUUUGGAGGCCUUGGAGCAGGAGGUACUGGGACUGGUGGAGGACUUGGAGCUGGAACAGGUUACACACCUGGAGGUGGAUAUGGAGGUGGUUAUGGACCAGGUGGAGGAGUUCAAUACCCAGGAAUUGGUGGAACUGGUCCCAAACCUCCUAAAACAGGUGGAGUUGGAACAACACUUGGAGGAACAGGAUUUGGGCCUGGAGGUGCAGGGGUUGGGCCGGGUGGAACAGGAUUUGGGCCGGGUGGAACAGGAUUUGGUCCCGGUGGUGCAGGGGUUGGGCCGGGUGGAACAGGAUUUGGCCCUGGUGGUGCAGGGGUUGGGCCGGGUGGAACAGGAUUUGGCCCUGGUGGUGCAGGAUUUGGCCCUGGUGGAACAGGAUUUGGUCCCGGUGGUGCAGGAGUUGGGCCUGGUGGAACAGGAUUUGGGCCUGGUGGUGCAGGAUUUGGCCCUGGUGGUGCAGGACUUGGGCCUGGUGGAACAGGAUUUGGCCCCGGUGGUGCAGGAGUUGGGCCUGGUGGAGUUCCAACAUUGCCACAGACUGGUACCACUGGAGGAGGACCUGGGGUAAAGAGUGGUGGAAAAGCAUCAAAGCAAGUCCCAGGCAUUGGCGUGCCUGGACUCUAUCAAGGUGGAUUUGUCCCAGGCCAAGGGUUUGGAGGCCGUGGUGUUCUCCCUGGAGUGGCUACAGGAACUGGACUAGGAACUCAGAGUGGAGCUGGAGUACUUGGUCAGGGUGGCACUGGACCGGGAGGUGCAGGCAAUGGGCGAGGACAGCCAUUGCCUGGGAUUUUUCGUGGUUAUCCCCUCAUAUCACCAAAAACAGGAGUGGGAAAAUCCAAGAAGAAUCCAGCCAAAGCUGCAGCUAAAUACGGUGGAGCUGGAGGCGCGCUUGGUCAAGGAGGCACUUUUGGGGGUGGGGUUGGAAGAGUUCCUGGAGGGGGAGUCUCACCUGGGUUAGGUGGUGGAGUUGGCACAGGAGGCGGACCUGGAUUUGGAGGCGGAGUUGGAACAGGUGGCGGUAUUGGAACAGGAGGUGGAGUUGGAACAGGAGGGGGACCUGGAUUUGGAGGCGGUGUUGGGACAGGAGGCGGACCUGGAUUUGGAGGUGGAGUUGGAACAGGAACUGGACCUGGAUUUGGAGUCGGAGUUGGAACUGGAGGUGUCCCUGGAUUUGGAGGUGGAGUUGGAACUGGAGGUGUCCCUGGAGUAGGUGGUGGCAUACCAGGCUUAGGUUAUGGCCCAGGUUCAGCCAAAGCACGCAAAUAUGGUGGUGGAGGUGUCGGGACUGCAGGAGGGCCUGGUUCUGGAAUUGGAACAGGAGGGGCAGGUGGUGGCUAUGGUUUUGGUCCAGGUGGCUCAGGUACUGGCACAUCUGGAGGCCUUGGAGGUGUGAGACCUGGCUCUGGAGUUGGUUUUGGUCCCAGUGGUACUGGCACCAGACCAGGUGGUCUUGGCUAUGGUCCCAGUGGUACUGGCACUGGAGCAGGUGGUCUUGGCUAUGGUCCAGGUGGUACUGGCACUGGACCAGGGGGUCUUGGCUAUGGUGCAGGUGGUACUGGCACUGGGUCAGUAGGAGUGGGACCUGGGGGGUAUGAUGCCAGUGCCAAAGCUCGUAAAUAUGGUAUGUUAAGUGGGGCUCUUGGCGGUCCAGGAACAGGUACUGGAGGACUAAGGCCAGGUGGUGCUGGAACUGGUUAUGGCCCAGGUGGCGUUGGCCCAGGCGGUGUUGGCCCAGGCGGCGUUGGCACUGGCUAUGGCCCAGGUGGACUUGGGCCAGGUGGAGUUGGCACUGGCUAUGGCCCAGGUGGACUUGGGCCAGGUGGAGUUGGCACUGGCUAUGGCCCAGGUGGACUUGGACCAGGUGGAGUUGGAACUAGCUAUGGCCCAGGUGGAGUUGGACCAGGUGGAGUUGGAACUGGCUAUGGCCCAGGUGGAGUUGGACCAGGUGGAGUUGGCACUGGCUUUGGCCUAGGUGGAGUUGGACCAGGUGGUGCUGGCACUGGCUACGGUCCAGGCAGCGUUGGACCAGGUGGGGUUGGCACUGGCUACGGCCCAGGUGGAGUUGGGCCAGGUGGAGUUGGUACUGGCUAUGGCCCAGGUGGAGUUGGACCCGGUGGUGCUGGCUAUGGCCCAGGUGGAGUUGGACCCGGUGGUGCUGGCUAUGGACCUGGAGGUUAUGCUGGAGCCAAAGCGCGCAAAUAUGGUGUUCCUGGAGGUACUGGAGGUGCCCUUGGUGCAGGAGGCCUUGGAGGAGGAACCGGGCCUAGUUCUGGGCUUGGAGUUGGAGUAGGGGUUCCUGGACAAGGUGGAGUGUCAACAGGUGGUGGACCGGGGCUAGGACUCGGGGCAGGUGGUAUACCGGGGUCUGGUGUUGUGACAGGAGUUGGACCAGGUGGAUUUGGACCAGGCAGUGCUGGAGGUCUUCCUGGUGGUGGCACGGGCCCAGGGACUGGAAGAGGAUAUGGACCUGGUGGUUAUGGGCCUGGGGUUGGCACAGGCUAUGGACCAGGUGGAGGUUAUGGUCUAGGACCAGGGACUGGAUUUGGACCAGGUUAUGGACCUGGAUUAAAACCUGCUAAAUAUGGCUACGGCACGGCUGGAUCUAAAGCUGCAAAGUUUGGGCAACCUGGUGGAGUUGUACCUGGGACAGGAACUGGAACCAGCACUACAGGAGCAGGAACAGGGACCGGCCCUGGCGUUUCAGCGAAUGGAACCACCACUGACACCAACCAGACAACAACCAGAACAAGUGGAGGAAGACUUGAAGACACAAGAGGCACACCAACCCCGGCAACAGAAGGUGAUGAUAUUUACACUGUGAUAGAGGGGUCUGGAAGUCCUGGUGGAGAGGGAGGUACCGGUGUCGGUGGCAGACCAGCGGGUACAGGGAGUGACGGAGAUCGUCUAGGUGGAACAGGAAUCCCCAUCAUUGGACCCAAGCCAGGAAUCAACGGGACAACACUUCCAGGAUCCACAGGCGUGACCCCUGUCGUUGGUGGAGCUGCGCAACCAAGUGGUGGGACAGGACUUCCCCCUACAGGUUCUGGUGGUGAUCUGACUGGAGUCAAACCCCUCAAACCCCCAGGUGUCCCCAGAGGUGACACACCAGGUGAAGGUGAUGGAGAAGGAGGCCCUGAUGGAUACAGGGGUGGUACAGCGGGUACAGGUGGACAGGGAGGAGUAGGAAGGGGUCCCACCAGUGCAGGAGUUGCAGGAAGUGUUUCAGGUGGUGUAUCAACAGGAAGAGAAGGCAGCCCUGCUACUGGAACAGGUGUUGAUUCAGGAGGUGCAGUUGGAGCAACACCAAAACCACCUAAAGCUUAUAAACCUAUAGCAGGAGGCACAAGUGGUGGACAGGGAGGAGUGGGAGUAGGAGUGGGAAGUGGUCCUGGAUCUGCAGGAAGAGGUCCUGGAGCAGUGGGUGGAGGUCCUGGAGGAGGUGGUUUGGUACCUGGGGCUGGUGGGCCUGGUGGAGUAGGAACAGGAGGCUAUGGUACUGGAGUUUUACCAGGGGGAGGCAUUCGUUACCCUACUGGAGCUGGAGUAACAAAACCAGGCAAAGCAUAUGGGACUCUUGGAGCAGGGGGCCAAGGUGGGGUUGGCCCCGGUGGAUAUGGCACUGGUCCAGGAGGUUAUGGCACAGGGCCUGGAGGUUAUGGAACCGGUCCAGGUGGAUAUGGUACUGGGCCUGGUGGAUAUGGAACUGGACCUGGACGCUAUGGUGGCGUAGGAGCAGGAGGAACAGGAGUAGGCCCUGGGGGAGGUGUUAGACCUGACGGUUCUAGAUAUGGCACAGGUCCAGGACUGGGCACCGGCACUGGAAAACCACCUAAAAGCUAUGGAGCAGGAGCUGGUGGUACUGGGUUUGGACCUGGUGGCUAUGGGACUGGACCAGGUGGAAUAGGUUAUGGACCAGGUGGCCUUGUGCCUGGUGGCACUGGUCCUGGUGGUGCUGGGACCGGAGGUGCUGGGACCGGACUGGGUGGUGCUGGAACAAGGCCAGGUGGUAUAGGACCAGGUGGUGCUGGCACAGGACCAAGCAGCUAUGGACCUGGUGGAGUAGUAAAACCACCUAAAUCAGGCUAUGGAUCAUCCUCACUAGGUGGAGCUGGCUUUGGACAUGGUACAGGAGGGUUUGGACCAGGCGGUGUUGGCACUGGAACUGGAGGGUUCGGACCAGGCGGUGUUGGUACAGGAACUGGAGGGUUUGGACCAGGCGGUGUUGGCACUGGAACUGGAGGGUUUGGACCUGGCGGUGUUGGCAUAGGAACUGGAGGGUUUGGACCAGGUGGGGCUGGCACAGGAACUGGAGGGUUUAGACCAGGUGGGGCUGGCACAGGAACUGGAGGGUUUAGACCAGGCGGUAUUGGCACUGGAACUGGAGGGUUUGGACCAGGCGGUAUUGGCACUGGAACUGGAGGGUUUGGACCAGGUGGUGCUGGCACUGGAACUGGAGGGUUCGGACCAGGCGGUGUUGGCACUGGAACUGGAGGGUUUGGACCAGGCGGUGUUGGCACAGGAACUGGAGGGUUUAGACCAGGCGGUGUUGGCACUGGAACUGGAGGGUUCGGACCAGGCGGUGUUGGAACAGGAACAGGAUUUGGACAGGCAGGCCAAGGAAAAAGAAAACCUUAUAAAUCUGGUUAUGGAGGAGCUGGUUAUGGAACAGGAGGAGGAUUAGGAGGAGGAUAUGGCCCUGGUGGAGCUGGGGGUACAGGUCCUGGAGGUUUUGGACCAGGAGGUGCUGGGACCGGUGGGUUUGGCCCUGGAGGUGCUGGGACUGGUUUUGGCCCUGGAGGUGCUGGGACCGGGGGCUUUGGCCCUGGAGGUGCUGGGACUGGUUUUGGCCCUGGAGGUGCUGGGACUGGGGGCUUUGGCCCUGGAGGUGCUGGGACUGGUUUUGGCCCUGGAGGUGCUGGGACUGGGGGCUUUGGCCCUGGAGGUGCUGGGACUGGGGGCUUUGGCCCAGGAGGAGCUGGGACCGGUGGCUUUGGCCCUGGAGGUGCUGGGACUGGUGGUUUUGGACCUGGCCAAACACUUGGAACAAGAAAGCCGUCUAAAUCAGGUUACGGCUCGUCGCUGGGUGGAGCUGGCUACGGACCAGGAGGUGGAGUCGGAGUUCUUCCUGGUACUGGGACAGGAGGCGUCACUGGUGGUGGCCAAGGUAGCAUAGCAGGAGGUACAGGAGGGCUAGGAGGUCCUGGAGGAACUGGCCAAGGAGUUGGAGGACUACCUGGUGGGGGACCAGGAGGUGCUGCUGGUCCUGGAUAUGGUGGGCUGGGUAUAGGAAGUUAUCCAGGGUAUGCAGGGGCUGGACAAAAAUCUAAAGCGCAGAAGGCAGCCAAAUAUGCAGCCAUGCAGGGUUUACUUGGAUCCAGGGGCUACAGAGGAGCUGGCCGAAGGAGGAAGUGAGAAAGACCAAAAGACAGGAAGUGACCUCAUUAAAACAACAGUGGUGCUAUUGCAUGAUCCCACACUGUAAAUGUCUUACCUGCCACAGAAGCUAAAGCUUCAGCACAUCCCGCUUUUUACAUUUCCAUUUGCUUGGGUUUUAUAAAAGGUUGCAGUGGUUCUCAACCGGAUCAGAUUCACCGCCAGGUGAAGAUUGCCGUUUCCCUUUGUUAAAUACUUUAUUUCCCUUUUUUGGAUAAUUAAGUCAUUUUAUUUUGGUCAAAUUAUUAAAUGUCAAUUUCUCAAGAAAGUUUCAAAAAUAAAAUAACGUGGGUAGAAAACCCCAGAAAUUCCUGAUGAUCGGGUUGAGAACCACUACAGUGAAGAAUCAGCAUUUCUUUUCAUCACUUUUUGUCUGUCUUUGCUGUGUUGAUUAUCAUUUGUGUUGUUAUGCAAGUAUUGGCACAAAUCCUCUGGGUUAAGACUGACACCAAGGAGUCCCUCAGGGCAGCUCCUUCAGACCUGUCUGCAUGCUGACGCAAUGUGUAAAGAAAUAUAGGGCGACACUUCUACCCAGUUAAACUGGGAUAUGUCUGCAGAGUGAAUGGCCGAGCAGACAAUUCACUGUUAGCAUCUUUUACAUCAGUGGACAAACAAAUAGUGUGUACAGACACAGAGACAAACAGCUGCUGUCACAGGAGAAGAUGAAGGCAGUAUUUUAUGCAGUAGUGGUAGUCUUUUGAUCCUUGAAAAGCAGUCUCUGGCCAUGUGAGCUGUACUCAGGCCUCAGUAGUAUCAGUAAUGGAGCCUGAGGAUUCUCACAGAUAUCACUUGAGGCCCACCUGUGAGAUUCUUCCACUCAUUUCACAACUUAAUGGCACUGUUUUAUAGCCACAUCACACUCAAUGGUAUAAAUGUAAAAUAUUGGUUAGCGUGCAUAUAUUUUGAUUGUUAGGAGGGUGUAUUUGUCCUGACUUUCUGAAUGGGCUUAGUUUUAGCUUUUACAUUUGCUGUUGAGGUAAGCAUUCAAGCUAAAUGUGAGGUAAUAUGACUAGAGUACAUGACAUCCCAGGAGUACUGAUUACUGCGUUUUCCUUCUGUUCAUGAACCUCCUUUAACACUGUUGGGGAAACUGCUCACGUUUACUAGACUUUUUAAAUUAUGUUGAGAACUGUAUUUAGCCUCAUUUUACAAAGUCAAGUGCAUUAUUACAGUACUAAAAUAUUUGAGUUAGUCAUUCUGUGUGUGUGUUUUUACAGUUUUUAAACCCGUUUACUACUAUGAUGAGUAUAAGUGCUUUGUUUUCUACAUUGUCCUUGAAUGUGUGCUGAAUCACAGUGCAGGCUGUGACGUCAGUGGGUCAAAAGUGGGGUGAGUGAAUCUCGUCUUGCAUUUGAGCUCAUGUGCAUCUCGAGCUCAGUGUGAUUUUUAACAUCUGUGUUUCUUUUUUUUUAUGUGGCCUAUGAAGAAAAUUAUGCACUUUUGUAAACUCUCUGACAAUGCUCUCCGAAGUAAAGAGAUGACCAAUGACAA